UGAGAUGAAGUAUCUCUUCUCUCCCAGAAACCGUUUCUCGACCUGGAGACAGUUGUGGCUGUGGCUCGCCGAGUCGGAGAAAGGUAUGGUGGUCUCCGCGGCCUUCGCCAUCCAUCCCCCCUCCACCGUCUAACCCGCACAGAGCUCGGUUUGCCCAUCUCCGACAAGGCCAUUGAGCAGAUGAAGGCCCACCUCACCAUCCAGGAUGACGAGUUUGCGGUUGCCGCCGAGGAGGAGAAGCGUCGGAGACACGAUGUUAUGGCCCACGUGCACGCCUACGGCCAGGUCGCUCCCGAAGCCGCCGGAAUCAUCCACUGGGGUGCCACCUCGUGCUACUGCACCGACAACGCCGAUCUGAUCUUCCUCCGCGACGGUCUCGAUAUUCUCAUUCCCAAGCUCGCUGUCGUCAUUGACAAGCUGUCUGCGUUCGCUCAGGAGUACAAGGACCUUCCCUGCCUGGGCUUCACCCACGGACAGCCCGCCCAGCUGGUGACCGUCGGCAAGAGAGCAUGCCUGUGGAUCCAGGACCUGCUUAUGGACCUGAAGAACCUUGAGCGGGCCCGCGAUGACCUGCGCUUCCGUGGUGUCAAGGGCACGACCGGCACUCAGGCCUCUUUCCUCCAGAUCUUCAACGGAGACCACGGCAAGGUCGAGAGGCUGGACGAACUGGUCACCGAGAAGGCCGGCUUCAGCUCGGCCUUCAUCAUCUCCGCCCAAACCUACACCCGUAAGAUCGAUGUCGACGUUGGUAACGCUUUGGGCUCUUUCGGCUCGACCUGCGAGCGCAUUGGCAUUGACAUUCGUCACCUGGCGAUGCUCAAGGAGGUCGAGGAGCCUUUCGAGAAGGACCAGAUCGGCAGCAGUGCGAUGGCUUACAAGCGUAACCCCAUGCGGUCCGAGCGUCUGUGCUCUCUCGGAAGACACCUCCAGAACCUCCCCAAGGACGCCUUGGACACGUACUCGGCACAGUGGUUCGAACGCUCGCUGGACGACAGCGCCAUCCGCCGUAUCAGCAUCCCCGAGCUGUUCCUUUCCGCUGACGCCUGCCUCAUCCUUCUCAACAACGUGACAUCUGGCUUCGUUGUCUACCCCGAAGUCAUCAGACGCCAUAUUAUCAUGGCCUGCGUGGCGAAGGGUCUUUCCCGCCAGGACGCCCACGAGGAGAUCCGUGUCCUCUCCCACCAAGCCUCCGACAAUGUCAAGAAGCUCGGCCUGAACAACGACCUGCUCGACCGGGUCCGCCGCACCGCCUUCUUCGCCCCGAUCUUGGACGAGCUCGACGCCCUCCUUGACCCCAGCACCUUCGUCGGCCGCGCUCCCCAGCAGGUCGAGAAGUUCACCGCCACCGAAGUCAAGCAGGCUCUGCAGCCGUACGCGGCCCAGCUCGCCAAGGCCGAGACCUCCACCCUCCACGUAUAACUGCACAUCAAGUUAGCAGUAAAGUACGGUACCUAGGUAAGGUAGGGUCCCAUGAUGUUGUCUAGAUACACAACAGAAGUGCAAGAAAGAAAAAAAAAAGAGUCUUUUAUCAACAAAAAGCGAUGUCGGGAAUUGCUGUAUAACUCCCAUCCCCUUCCCCCAAAUUUCUCUUCCACCUUCACUCCUUUCCCUGCAGCCAAAGAAAGAAAGAUACUUAGAAUCUAUGUACAAGCGAGACAAACAAAACUUUUUUCGGCUUCCGGAACGAACAUAAUGAUGUACAUAUACGAUGGUCUUUGAUGAUAAACAACCAGGUAUGCGUGGAAAUGGAAACAGUCAGUCAAU